AUGAAAGAUGUGCAGUUGAUCAAAACAUCCAAUCUUGAUUUGUGGGCAAAUACCGCUUUUCGAAUAUUCUUAACAAUCACAAAUGAUCGAGGAGAGCGUAAUGAUAUUAUUUGUGUACCGCAGUUGAUCGCAUUGAUCGCUUUUCUUUGUGAGGUUGCUGAGCAUCAGAGUCGUUUAUCAUUAUCGGAAUUUCUUCAUUCAAAUGGUACAGCAACAUUACCUCAUCAGUUGGUACAUCUGGCAGAAUAUAUUCGAAACUGGGAAUUGUUUGUUGAAGCUGCUGUUAAACCCGGGAGCUUCAAUUGGAAUCGUCGUUUGCUAAUACAUCCAUUACAUACCAAAAGUUACGGUUUUGAAACAUUUAUGGCACUGAAAUAUCUCGGAAUUGAGCUUAAAAUCUAUGAUGAGAAAACGGGACGUGCGGAGUUAGUAGCAUGGCUUCGAAGAACAUGCAAGGCUGAGGAAGAAGAAGCUCACUGUCCAAUUUUUUUGUGGAAGAAAGCUGAAACGAAAACAUCAGAUGUUCAAGAAUUAAACAACCAAAAAUGUCCAAUACUCAUCCUUGCAUCACACUUUUAUAUUCCAAUGUCAACUAAUAUUCUCGAUACACAUAAUAUAUUUUAUACGACAUUUAAAAGUAAAAAGUUUAAAGAAGUGUUGGCUUGUCGAUAUUCGUGUCACGAUUUACCACCAUUUCGUUGUUUGCAAGUUCAAAAAAGCUUACUUAUCACAUUGCCAACAUAUUCUGGUGACAUCGCCGCUUACUGCUUGUCAGAUGCGGAUGAUUCAGAUAUAGCAAAAGAUCCUAAUUCGCUCGUAACUAUGAUAACAUUCAUGAGAAGUGGCACAGAAGCGGAAUCAGUCAAAAUCCUUCAUGAGCUAUAUGUCCCGCUCUUUCACGGGUUACCCAAGAGAACAACUAACCUUGCUGAUGCGUUGUGCAAGACAGUACCUCAUAUCGAUAAGUUAUUCCAACCUGAUGGAUUCAGUGACUUGGGAACAUUAGGACAUGAACCAUCCUAUAUUGUUGGGCCACGGUUAACUACAAGUAUACAAAAUAUCGAUCGUCUAGAAGUUAUGCACACUCCUGAUCCUGAUGAAAUUGAGGUGGUGAAGCGAAUCCCAUCAGCUGUUGAUAAAAUGUCCAUCCUUGAUACGCCUUUUCUUGUCAUCAUUUGGGACAAUAGUAGAAAUGUACCGCUCUACAUUGCACGUAUUGCAGAUCCCGUAGCAAAGACUACAAACAUGCAAGUUGAUGCAGCUGAAGAAAUGGUACCAGCUAAUUAUUCCAAAAAAUUCUUCUGGAAAUUGUUGAAUCCAAUGCGCCACGCAUUUGGACUUGGCAAUAAUGAAGACAAUUUGGAUCGGUAUGAAACUGCAACUAAUUUACAAUAA